AUGUCUUUCGGAGUAGGCUUAGGACUUGUGUGCUUGCGAAAGCUGGUACAUUCUGCAUUGCCCGAACAGAAGUUCAAAGUCAGAGAGUCGUCUAGUAGCCAGCCAUGCCUGAAAGCUGAGGAUACGGACCCCUCAAAGUGCCUCUGGGCAGAAGACGGUAAUGAAGAAUACUUCGACCUGCAGCCAGAACUCCUUGACUCUCCCGCAGAGACCUCACUCAUCCCGAUGCUACAAUCGAUUUAG